AUAUCAAGGCUCUCUAAUCUGAGUUAUAUUCCCAUACCAUAUUUUGUCCAGUAUCGGAGUUACGUCCGUAAUCGGAAAUUCGGCAUACUUGAUGCCCCGCGAUUUUAAAUUUUUCAUCAUGACUAUAAUAAUGAUAUGAGUUUUAGUAGUUUUAAAAUAUGUUUUUAUAGUUUUAAUUUUCAUUAUGCCAAUACAAAAUAUUAUGGCCACCUCAAUCUACAAUUUGUUCAAAUUGAAAAAAUAUUUUAAGUAUUUUUUUAUAAUUAUAUUAGGGUUGCUGUAUUAUUUUGGUGUUUUCACUCAUUUUUUUGAGUUGGACUAUUAUUCUCAAUUUGUCUAUCCACUGGAAACUAACAUUUCUGAGUGUGUAGUUAACGCACAGUCUGGUAAAACUGAUAAACUACCUUGUAUUAAUAUUAAUGCAUUAGAAUAUGAUCUACUGUUAUCAAAUAAUACUAAAUGUAAUAGAAACAUUCAUUUACUAGUAUUGGUGAAAUCAGCAUUAAAUCAUUUUGAUAGACGAAGGACUAUUCGAAAAACUUGGGGAUUUGAGAAUCGAUUUUCUGAUGUACCUACUAGAACAGUUUUUAUAUUGGGAAAAUCGUUUGAUAUAGAUUUAGAAAAACGGAUUAAAGAAGAACACGAACAGUAUGGAGACAUUGUACAGUAUGAUUUUGUUGACGAGUACUACAAUAACACCAUCAAAACUAUGAACGCAAUUAAAUGGGCGUCAACACAUUGUAAUGAUUCAAGAUUCUAUUUUUUCUCAGACGAUGACAUGUAUGUUUCUAUGAAAAACGUGUUACGUUAUUUGCGAAACCCAACCGAAUAUCCAGAAUAUUUAAGUAAAGAAGUUAAAGGAAAGCAAUCUAAGCAUACCUUGCCAUCAGAUGUAGUAUUAUUUACUGGAUACGUUUUUAAUUCUUCACCACUGAGACAUCAAAUAAGUAAAUGGUAUGUGUCCCUUUCGGAAUAUCCAUAUCAUAUGUGGCCACCAUACGUUACAGCUGGCGCUUAUAUUUUAUCCAAAGCAGCUAUAGUCAAAUUUUAUUAUGGAAGUUCUUAUACAAAGCGGUUUCGAUUUGAUGACAUAUAUUUAGGAUUAUUAGCAAAGAAAUUAAAUAUAAAACCUCUUCAUUGUGAACACAUAUAUUUUUAUAAGAAAGAUUAUUCUAUAAGUAGUUAUAAAUAUGUUAUAGCUAGUCAUGGAUAUGAUGAUAGUGAAGAGCUACUUAAUGUUUGGUUGGAACAAAAAAGUAAUGGAAACGCAUAAGACUAAUUAAAAUUAAUAAAUUAUUUUUGAUGUUACCAACUUUAGACAAUAAAACAAAAUAUUUAUUUUUUAAAUUUACUUUUUAUUGUUGAAAAAAAAUGUACCGUAGAACAUAAUUAUUAUAUAAUUUUAUACAGCCUUAAAAAAAAUUGUAAAAUAUCUUCAGUUGGAAUCAAUUACCUGAUGUAAAUAAUCUGAUGACUUACAUUUUAUUAUUAAAUGUUGUUUAAUUGGAAACUUA